UACCCGCCUCCGCUGCCAGAAAAAGAGGGUGCUACUGCCAUCUGUCUCUUCGUGUUAUUUGAAAACUUUGAAGAACACAAUGCUUUGAACAGGCAACCGCGGAAAUUGCUUUGAUGAACAUCCCUGGAUUUUUCGCCAUUUAAGGUGAAAUAUUCUGUAAAGAUCAUUUCUAUGGAUUUGAGUAUGUAAGCUGAUUUUGAGCAGGAAACCAAAUCGAUCAGAAAUCAGAAACGGGAAAUUAAGAUCAGUCAGAAAUGGUCAAGGCUAAAGUCUGCCUGGAUGUGGGCCUGCCUACAGAAGAUAAUCGCUCCCGUAGGAGUGCACGGGGAGGUUUUAAGGUUUAUACGGACAAAGAUAAGAUUAAAACUGACCCCAGUUGCAAGAAACCUGUAACAAUGACAAAGGAGACUUCAACAGAUGGUACAAUUCAACCGAAGGGAGGCCCGCGACGCUCAGAGAAGAAUAUAGAGAAAUUUGAAAUCUCUGGGGCCAAAAGCACGAGAAGAAGAGCACUUGCUGAUGUGAGUAAUGCCCGAGGCAACUCUACUAGGCAAACACAACAAGAUAGCUCCAAGCAUAAGGUUUCAACUGGGACUAGAAUUAGCACUGCUGGCAUCAAUAUCUUGUUAAGGAAAUCUUCGGGAAAAACGAAGAAUGCGGGGGAAGCCGUUGGUGACUUGCAUGCUUCAGAAAAAGGGCGUGUUAAAGAUUCGAAAGGUUCAAUCUAUGAAAGAAACAAAACAGAUGGUCCCUGUUGUGCCAAUACUGUGAAUGCCAGGAGAUCUUUACCAAUGCUAAAGAGGAUGAACCAGGCAAAUGUUUCGAACCCAAAGGAAGUUACUGAGAAGCCCGAAAAGACCAAUAAAUCUCAAGCAUGUUUUACUAUAUCUGGAAAGAAAGCAACAGUCCAGGCAAAGAAUAUCAGAAGUCAGCUAUGGAAUAACCGAGCGAGUGAUGGUUUCAUUAUAACGGGUCAAGCCAAAGUGGACACAAGUGCAUUGUUGAAAAAGUCUAGUAAGCCCAUUGCAAGGAUGAAGAAGGCUUCUGGUACUCAAGAGGCAUCAAAACCCAAAUGUGCACCAGUUUCAAUCAAAUCAAUUUCUAGUACUGCAUCAUCAUCCAAGAUUGUGGAACCUUCAGCGUCUCUUUGUGAGGAAAUAACUAAUGUGUCCAUUCAAGGGAAGGAUGCAUCUGAACCUACUUGUAAUCCAAGUACAAGUACGGAUUUCACUGUCAAGAGAAAAGUUGGUCGUAGAAGAUCGUAUACAUCCUUGUUGGUUGCUGGAGCAAAGUUGCUGGAUAAAUGUGCUGUUGAUACAGAAAUAGCUAACCUGCCUAGUAUUGAUAAUGACUACGACCAAAUGGAGGUUGCUGAAUACGUUGAGGAGAUAUACGAUUAUUAUUGGGUUACAGAGGCUCAAAGUUCAUCGCUUUCAAACUACUUAUCAGUACAAAAAGAAAUUGCCCCCCUUAUGCGAGGAAUUUUGAUCAACUGGUUGAUUGAAGUACACUUCAAAUUUGACUUGAUGCCUGAAACACUAUUUCUCUCUGUUACAUUGUUUGAUCGGUAUCUCUCCCUAGUCAAAAUCAAGAAGAAUGAAAUGCAGUUGGUUGGUCUUACUGCAUUGUUAUUGGCUUCAAAAUAUGAAGAUUUCUGGCAUCCUAGGGUUAAAGAUCUACUUAGCAUUUCAGCUGAGUCCUACUCAAGGGAGCAAAUGCUACAAAUGGAAGCACUCAUUUUGAAGAAGUUGAAGUUUCGCUUGAACGUGCCUACUACAUAUGUUUUUAUGUUAAGAUUCCUCAAGGCUGCUCAGUCUGCUAAUACUCAGCUUGAACACUUAUCAUUUUACUUAAUUGAGCUGGCUUUGGUUGAAUACGAAGCUCUGAGUUUUAGGCCGUCAUUGUUAUGUGCAUCGGCUUUAUAUGUUGCACGGUGUACGCUGCGAAUAAGUCCAAGCUGGACCACUCUACUAAACAAACAUACACGCUACGAAACGUCCCAAAUAAGAGAAUGUGCUGAUAUGAUCUUGAAAUUUCACCAAUCUGCUCAAUUGGGACAGCUGAAAGUCACGCAUGAGAAGUACAUAAAGCCUAAUUUUAAAGGUGUCGCAGCCAUAAAGCCACUGGACAAGCUUCCUCUUUGAUUUUUUUCUCACGUUACUUCGUCGUGUAGAUUAUUCAUUUGAUGUUACUUGGUAAACUUUCCCUCAUUUUUCUAUCCUCCUUUUAUCUAAAGCUUGUUCCAACAUUUUCGACGAACCGAUUUUGCCAAUCUCCUCACAGGAAGUGAAUUUGUGGGUGUAAAUCUAGUCGGAGUCGUAAAGAUCACGGCGCACAAGUUUUGGCUGCAUGGAACCUAUGUUCUCCGAUUUUUGUGUCAGUCGCUAUGGAACGACUUUCACCAUUCACUAUAUAGCUUAUUGUUUUUUGGAUACUUCUUAUUCCUUCUUCGUUUCGGAUGUUUGCAUUACAGUUUUAAACUCGACCCCACUUGAUUUCACAAGUGUAGACCACUCUAGUUUUUUUGAGGAAAGAAAGAAGAGCAUGAGCGUGAUGGGUUUCAGCCAAUGCCUCGAGAUAGUUCGGAAUGAAGAUGAUGAUUGACUUGGACUCUAUGUAGAAAAGAAAUGUACUAUGUCAUGAUUUUGAUUUGUGACUUUGAUUCUCCACUCCAUAUAUUUAGAAAACAAAAGUUUAUAUAUUGGGAGCAUUUAUGAAUUUGUUCUUAAA